AUGGUUCCUCCAAACCAACCGACUCGGCGAACACAACCGCAAUCACAACCGCUUCCGGGUAGGGGUUUGAACCCUGUCCUAUGCAUUAUUGUCGCCCUCAUCCUCUUAGGACUCCUUGUGGGUCUCGCCAUAUUGAUCACAUACCUCACCCUCAGGCCAAAGCGACUCGUCUACACGGUAGAAGCCGCGUCGGUCCAAGAUUUUGCCAUAGCCAAAGACGAUCACAUUAGCGCCAAAUUCAACUAUGUGAUCAAGUCAUACAACCCGGAGAAACAUGUUUCCGUCAGAUACCACUCCAUGCGUAUCUCCACGGCUCACCAUAACCAGUCCGUGGCUCACAAGGAGAUCUCUGCCUUCAAGCAGCGUCCUAAGAACGAGACGAGGAUUGAGACGCAGCUUGUGUCGCACAACGUGGCACUGUCUAAGUUUAAUGCGAAGGACUUGAGGGCUGAACAAUCGAAAGGGGCGAUCGAAAUGGAAGUGUAUAUAACGGCUAGAGUGAGCUACAAGACGUGGCUUUUUCGGUCGAGGAGACGUACGUUGAAGGCUGUGUGUACGCCGGUAUUGAUCAAUGUCACGGCGAGCUCGUUGGAUGGAUUCCAGAGAGUGUUAUGCAAAACUCGUCUUUAG